CACGAUUAUAGGACCAAUCGUAAUUUCGAAAAGUUAUAAGAAUUAUUGAUAAUGAUAAAAGAGCAAACUUGAAUUCAUUUUCCAUUGGUGGAACGCCAUACAUCACGAAAAAAAGCAGAGCCGUAGCGCCUGGUACUCGAACAUUGGCUCGAGGCAUUUUCUCUACCCCUUCUUACCCUGAAAAAGCAGGGACACCGUGCGUCCUUGAACCGAUAACCAUCUUUCGGCUAACCUAGCCUCCUCAGAUCUAUCAAAGCAAGUACUUAUUCGGUAGGUGGUUAUAUCAUAGUUGGCACAUUUUUUUUCUGUUAUAAAGAGUUGGCACAUUUCUUAAUCAUCGUCUUGCCAAGUCAAAUGCGUACCUGAAAGAAGCCGUCGAAGCAGAAGAUGAGCGAUUCACGCCAACGAAUGUCGAUGCUUGCGUGAUCCAAGGCAGGAAGGUUUAGCAAUGGGUAGAUUUGAGCUCUGGAGCAGAAAUUCUAAACUCUGGAAACCAUGGCCUUUUAAUUUCCAGGUGCGGUCCCGACAAUACUAAGCCACGCACAUAGAUUCAAGUACUUCAAACAUGAGAAACCGGAUGCUCCACUAUCGAAGAUUAUCCAUAAAAUUUAUAUCUUUUGGAUCCAGAUAUACCACUAAAACUUUAAGCUCUGCAGAUUAAUGGUUGAAUCUUGGGAUAAAAGAAAUCUGUUGAAACCGGAUGCUCCACUACCGCACGAAUUUACUUUUGUCGUAUACUCCGUAAAAGGCCUCGUACUAAUGAGUUUUGUGUAGACUGAUUCCUUUGGGAACAUCCGAUAAAAUUGGAAUGAUACAUAAUCUUGCAAAUUGAUUAUCGUCUCGCCUAAUCCACGAACGAGGCCCCGAUACUUUACGUCAAAGGAAAGAAGAAAAGAAGCCCAAUACAAGAAACACAGCUAAACAAGGCCUACACACAUGUACUCGGAUGUACGUAGGAUUGCAAAUGAGUCGAGUUGCUCGCGAGCGGCUCGACGUUCGAUUCGAGAAAAGCUCGUUCGAAACUCGCCUCGUUAAUAAACGAGCCGAACAUGAGCUAAGCUUUGUUCGACUCGGUGGCUUGUUGAGCUAAACUCGUGAGCUGGCUCGUUUAGAACUUUGUGAUAUGUCUCAACAUGUGGUUAGAGAGCCAACUCGAUUACCGACUGAUGGACGAAUCAAUCUAUAUCUUAUGAUUUUAAUUCAUAUGGUUGUUAAAUUAUAUAUCUCGCCAUAUAUAAAGUUUAACACGUUGAGUAUGUGAGUAAAUAUAUCUUAUUUUAUAUUUUAAAAAGAAAUUAUGUUUCAUAGAUUGUUUCGAUACUAUGAAAUAAUAUGAUUUGCCGUAGUUAAAAUUUAUUAAAUGAUAUAUGAUUUUACAGAAAAUAGCUAACAAAAUAAAAUUAUCAAAUAAAAAUCAAUAUUUUAGUAAACAAUGAGCUCGAGCUCAUAAGCCCAAUAGAACAAGGAGCGCCAGCGCCAAAUGCUCGGAGUCGGAGACCCUCCAACGGCUAGUAUACAACGGCUAGUAUCCAACGUUCAAAAUUAAACUUUAUAAAUUUAUUCUUCCUACACUCCUCUUCCCCAAUAUCAUCGUCUCCAUUUGCUUCCUCCCGUAUUCCUACUCUGCCCUCUCUCUCUGUUUCUCUCCCUCACUCUCCCUCUGCCGCUCUCAUCCUCCAGUUCUCUCUCUCCGGUGCUUCACUCUGCCAUCUACCUGGAGGCGGAGGCAACCUUCACAUCUGCUGCAAAUCGACCCAUACAGCCAAUUCUUUCCCACUUUCUGUAGAUUUGAACAAUGAUGCAGGAUACGUGGACCGGGCCACCCGGCUUCCGACCGACCAAAUCUGCGCCUUCUUCGCCGGCGAAGCCACUGGCCAUAUCAAGAACUCGCUCGGAUUCAUUUCACGCCAUUCAUAAAGUCCCUGUAGGGGACACUCCGUACGUGCGAGCUAAAAACGUCCAGUUGGUGGAGAAGGAUCCGGAGAGAUCAAUUCCCCUGUUCUGGGCCGCCAUAAAUGCAGGGGAUAGGGUGGACAGCGCGCUGAAAGAUAUGGCGAUUGUGAUGAAGCAGCAGAAUAGGGCUGAAGAAGCCAUUGAAGCCAUCAAGUCGUUGAGAGUACGGUGCUCGGACCAAGCCCAGGAGUCUCUCGACAACAUUCUUUUGGAUCUCUACAAGAGAUGCGGGAGAUUGGAUGAUCAGAUCGGUUUGUUAAGACACAAGCUUUGCCUAAUCCAACAUGGAAUGGCUUUCAAUGGUAAACGCACCAAAACCGCCAGGUCUCAGGGGAAGAAGUUUCAGGUCUCUGUAGAACAGGAAGCAACUAGAUUACUGGGAAAUUUGGGAUGGGCAUUGAUGCAACAAGACAAGUACACAGAAGCAGAGGACGCAUACAGAAGGGCACUUGCAAUCGCACCAGACAGCAACAAAAUGUGCAACCUGGGGAUAUGCCUGAUGAAGCAAGGCCGAAUCAACGAGGCGAAGGACACUCUCCGGCGAGUGUCCGAGGGUCCCCGGGGGAUCGAUUCCCAUCUCAAGGCCUACGAGAGAGCUCAGCAGAUGCUUAAGGACCUGGAAUCCGAAAUGAUGAACAGCGGGGCAGGGGAUGUAGCUGAAUGGAGCAGAUUGUUCAACGCCUUUCUGGGCUCCUCUUCCAUUUGGCAGCCCCAGCCUUGCAAAUCAUCGUCUCGUCAGGAUGAUUUCGGCGAUGAAAAUAUCAACAGGCCCAAUACCACAGUGACUAACAACAAAUUACCACAACAGAAGAAGAUGGUGAAACAGCAGCUGGCAUCGUGGAAUGUGGAUGCCCCGCCGUUCUAUUCAGGGAAGCAGAAUCAAGUUCAUGAGACUCUGAAGCGGACAAGGUUGCCGGAUAGUAAGGAUUUUGAGGAUGCUAUUCUGGCGGCAGUUCUGGGUCCUGUUUCUUCAUCGUCGACUAAGGAUGGGCAAGGGAAGCCGCCGCCGGUGCCGCUUGUUGAGUCUCAGGGGUUCAAGGUUGAGAAGAGGCUCAAGGUUUUCCGAGACAUUACUCUGUCCCUCAGCCCACGAGCCUGACUGGACUGACUACUACUGGAUUUGACUUCAUACUCUCCUGCUGCAACAUUUAUUAUAGGCCAAAUUGCUGGCCAUUAGUGCCCCAAUUUUUUUUUCCCUUUCUUUUUUUAAUUUAUAUUCUAAUCUUGAAGGUUAAGGUAGUAGUAGUAGAAGAGUAAGGAAGAAUCUCAGGUUAAGAUUUGGGAGGGAGAAGAUAAACUUGUUCUCCUUGACCACCACUUUACUAAUUGCUGGCCAUUCUUUUACGGUGUUAGCCCUUGUGGAAUGUGGAAUAAGAAAGAAAGUCAACGAACUCACUUUUAUCUAUUUUGGGUCGUUUGUUUGUUGGAUUUGGGUCUAGAUUUGGGUCUGGAUUUGGUAUCCAAAUUCCAAGUUUGAUGGAUUUAACAUAAGUUCAUUGUUUGUUGAAGAGUGCUAAAUCCGUGAGGUCCACGGACUUGUAAAUCCCACAUAUUGAUUUUGGAUUUGCAAAUUCUUGAUGGUUAGUUAUUUAUUUAACAAAUCCAUCACAAAUCCAUCAUCAAAUCUAUCAUGCAAACAUUAGACUCUUCAAAUCCAUAAUCCAAUAAAUCCAACAUAAAUCCCAAGGUUUUUAUUGGCAAAAACCCUCAUUUUUCAAAUCCAACAAGCAAACGACCCCUAAUAAUUUUGAGAUAGGGUCUUUUUUUUGUGAUUCACAUAAAAAAAUAAGAGAAUAAGAAAACAUACAUUUACGUUGCAUUCGUGAUUAGGAAAAACUAGUUUCUCUUUAUCUUUUGAGAAUGGUACAUAAUAAAAUGAUAGUUUCAGAAAGUUCAAACAUGAAUCGUUUUUGAAACCACAAAUGGGUAGAUCAAACAACGCUAGAUCAAAAGUGUCGCACCUAUCCAUCCGAGCCACCAAAUCAAACAUUUGUCCUCUAUAUUUCAACUUGUCAGUCGAACAACGAAACACUCGUUACUCUCAUUUAUAUGACACAAACAUAGUUCGAGUUUAGGUUAGUGAUAAUGUGACAGAUCAAAUUUUCCACUUGCAACCCCAUGAAUGUAAUUUUCAUGCAUGUUUAUCCUUUUUCCUAUAUGCAAUUUUUUAUAUAAAUAAGUUUACAAGACAAUUGGGAAUUUGGAUCAACUUGACAAUUCCCUCACUAGUCCAGCAUGAUUUUUGUUUGUGUCCGGCCGACGGUGAUUCCAGAUCCGCGACUAAUAUAUAUGACGUUUGAUCUUAACAACAAACAACGGCGGCCGUAGAAAAAGAAAGGACGAAGGAUUAUUAAUUAUUGUGUCCCUUAUCGCCCAUUCACAAGUUCUUGUUGAUGAUCAUUAAGUUAAAAAGAUAAAGACGAUUAGGCAUAUUUUUCUAAGAACAAGAUUAGCCAUUGCAUGUGGGGGUAUUUGGUUUAAGUUUUAUUUGAACGAUGAUAUCUUAAAUUUCGAAAGUAAUAUAUCUAGAAUUAGAAUUGACGACUGAAUCGAUUUUGGAGUAUUUCCUAAUUUUAAUUUUUCAGGAUUUGUGAGUUGUGACAUGUUUUGUUAAGGACAAAUGUUAAAUCUAGCUAGUAUUAUAUUUAGAGCUUCCAACAUGUUAUAGAAUCUAAGUGAACGCAUGAGUAAUUUUCAUUUAUGUUGGGUAUAUGAAGCUAGCUAGUUAUAACUAUAGAAAAUGUGUCAUAUGGUUAUUCAUAAAAAUGUAUUUAAUGCAAUUUUAGUUCAUUAUAUUAUACUCAAAUUUUAUUGUAGUCAACCGUCAAAAUCGAUGCAGUGAACCACAACCGCACCAAUUCACAAUGCUAUGGAGAUGAGAUAUAUGCACUAUGGCCUCCGAGCACUCUCCGGUUCAAGAUUAAACAAUUCUACAAUAGGAUUUUUCUAACUAAUUAAUGAGUAAUUAACUAUUGUUAGUUCCACGCCUCAAUUGUUCUAGCAUAUUGCAAGCUUAAUCUCCAGGGUUGCCAUUACGUCGCUUGCAUAAAUGGACAACAGCAAAUAAAGGUAUUUGGAAUUU